GUCACUUCCGCGAGCGUUAGAGCCCGUGCGGAGGUGGCACUGAGCGCGUCGUCUCUGCGGCUCAGCAUCCGGUGCACCGGCCCGGCCGCGGCGGAGCCUCCUGUAAAGAAGGCGCCCGAGGGGUUGGCAGGUUCAGUGGCAGCCGGGCGAGCGGCGACGACAUCGGGCAGGAGUCAUGAGCGACAGCGGCGAGCAGAACUACGGCGAGCGGGAAUCCCGUUCUGCUUCCAGAAGUGGAAGUGCACAUGGAUCGGGGAAGUCUGCAAGGCAUACCCCUGCAAGGUCUCGCUCCAAGGAAGACUCCAGGCGCUCAAGAUCAAAGUCAAGGUCCAGAUCUGAAUCUAGGUCUAGAUCUAGAAGAAGUUCUCGGAGGCAUUAUACAAGGUCACGGUCUCGAUCCCGCUCCCAUAGACGUUCCCGUAGCAGGUCUUACAGUCGAGAUUAUCGCAGACGGCACAGCCACAGCCAUUCUCCUAUGUCUACUCGAAGGCGUCAUGUUGGGAAUCGGGCAAAUCCUGAUCCCAACUGUUGUCUUGGCGUGUUUGGUUUGAGCUUGUACACCACUGAAAGAGAUCUCCGAGAAGUGUUCUCUAAAUAUGGCCCCAUUGCUGAUGUGUCCAUUGUGUAUGACCAGCAGUCCAGGCGUUCUAGAGGAUUUGCCUUUGUGUAUUUCGAAAAUGUAGAUGAUGCCAAGGAGGCUAAAGAACGUGCCAAUGGAAUGGAACUCGAUGGACGUAGGAUAAGAGUUGAUUUCUCUAUAACAAAGAGACCACAUACCCCAACACCAGGAAUUUACAUGGGAAGACCUACCUAUGGCAGCUCACGUCGCCGUGAUUAUUAUGACAGAGGCUAUGAUCGAGGAUAUGAUGAUCGGGAUUACUACAGCAGGUCAUACAGGGGAGGAGGUGGAGGAGGAGGUGGAUGGAGAGCUGCACAAGACCGGGAUCAAAUUUACAGAAGAAGGUCACCUUCUCCUUACUACAGUCGAGGAGGAUAUAGGUCACGUUCUCGAUCUAGAUCUUAUUCGCCACGUCGUUAUUAGAGCAUGAAGUUGGAAAGUUUCUGAAACCUGCCAUAGAGCUGGAAUAUUGUUUGUUGACAAUAUUUUUUAUUGUCUCCUGUUUAAAAAGUGAACAGUGCCUAGUGGAGUUAGGUGACUUUUACACCUUUUAUGAUGACUACUUUUGGUGGAGUUGAAAUGCUGUUUUCAUUCUGCAUUUGUGUAGUUUGGUGCUUUGUUCAAGUUCAAAGUUAAGUGUUUUCAGAAAAGUAUGUUUUGCAUGUAUUUUUUUACAGUCUAAAUUUUGACUGCUAAGAAGUUUCUAUUGUACAAAACUUCAUUUAAAAGGUUUUUCUACUGAAUCCAGGGUAUUCUGAAGAUCGAAGCCUGUGUGUAAAAUGUUACCAAAUGGCAAAAAGCAACAAUAAACAGUUUGAUUUUUACUUUUCUUUCUAAUAUAUCAAUGCUUAGGAAAAACCAGAAUAAGUUGUCAGUAGUAAAUUUUAAAGGCAAAAUACCUGUUUUCCUCCAGUCCAUGAAACAUACCAUAUUUAAUAUACCUGCAACUGUU